AUGUUCCGUCAAUACUGCCGCGCCGACUACGAGAAGACCAGCAGCGAGCUACACAAAAAAUAUGGUCCUGUUGUCCGGGUAGCCCCUGGUCAAUACAGCAUCGACAGUGUUGACGCAGCCAAAACUAUCUACGGCCAUGGCAGCCAUUUCGCCAAGAAUGAUUGGUACAUCCCAUGGGGCAUCCCCGCCCAGAACAACCUCUUCAACGAGUUGAACCCGAAAGUCCACGCCAGUAUGCGCCGACAAGUUGCCAAUGUUUACUCAAUGUCCAACAUGGUCUCGUACGAACCAUAUGUUGAUGAGUGCACCGAAAUCUUUGCCCAACGAUUUUCCGAAUUUUCCGCCGAGGGUCGCGUAAUUGAUCUUGGACAUUGGUUCCAAUGCUAUGCCCUCGAUGUCAUUGGCAAGAUUACAUUCUCCAAGCGAUUCGGAUGUUUCGACGCCGGCGACGAUGUUCGAGGAGUCAUGAAGGCGCUUGAAGAAACCCUGACGUUUAGCACUCUAGUCGGUGUCUACCCGUGGCUGUCCUCCUACUUAUUCACGAUGCUCAAGUACAUCGGCUCAGGCAAAGAGCCAAAGGGAAAUGCAUUCUUAGCCAAGUUCGCAACCGAGCAUGUGGCAGCCAGCCGUGCGGAGGAGAAGCCCAAGGAGGGACCUCAAGAUUUCAUUUCCAAGCUCGUCCAGGCCCAGAGAGAGCGACUUGAAUCCAUCGAUGAUGCGCUUAUUGUGACUACCGGCAAUACUAACAUCGCGGCUGGAUCAGAUACUACGGCCAUCUCGCUCAGCGCCAUCAUGUACUACCUCUGCAGAAACCCAAGCACGUUGCAGAAAUUGCGGAAGGAGCUGGACGAGGCCGAGGCGGAGGGAUCAAUCUCGAGCCCAAUCACUUUCAGAGAAUCUCAGGCAUUGCCGUACCUCCAGGCUGUGGUCAAGGAGAGUCUUAGACUACACCCUGCCACGGGGCUCACUAUGCCGCGUGUGGUCCCCGAGGGCGGUAGACAGCUGGCAGGAAUCUUCUUUCCUGCAGGGAAUGUUGUUGGCAUUAACGCAUGGAUAGCUCACCACAAUAAGGAGGUCUUCGGACACGAUGCGGAUGAGUUCCGACCGGAACGAUGGAUCGACUCAAGCAAGGAGCAAAAGAGCGCCAUGGAAUCGUACUUCUUCGCUUUUGGCCAGGGCUCGCGCACCUGCAUCGGCAAGAACAUCAGCUUGCUGGAGGUGUUCAAAGCCAUUCCCAGAGUCGUGCAGAACUUUGACGUCAUACUAGAGAAGGAGGAUGACUGGCGCUGCACCAAUUACUGGUUUGUGAAGCCUCGAGACUUUUUCGUCAGAGUGAAGAAGAGGGGAUCAUGCUGA